AUGUCGAAUCAGAAUGAGGAAGAAGUUUUGGUUUAUAUUCGUGUGGAAGAAUUGAUAGAAUUAUUAAAAUCGAUACAUGCAGGUUUUUCGAAAGGAUUAAAUAAUGAUCCAUUUCGGAAGGAUGAUCGGAUUCGAGGAUUGUAUUUUUAUGGAUCGAGUGUUUAUGAAAAUCGAAUUACUUUAUUAAACGAUCAAGACCAAUUAAAUCAAUACACGAAUGAAAAUAAUAGCAAUACUUGUCCACACGAAAAUCAAUUGAUUCAAUUUCGAAUGAAUCCUCAAAAACAUAACGACAUUGAUCUAUUAUGUGUUCGAGAUGAAUUUUACCAUACUGGAUUGGAAGAUUUAUGUCAUCCGAAUUAUCAAAUGAUGCAAGACUCGGUCAAUCGUGAUGUUUAUAUGGAACAAGAUGUGACUUUACAUUUUUCACUUUUUGGAUUUUACAAUGACCACGAGAUGGAUCGUGAGAAUUCUUCCAAACCAUUAUUGAAAAAGAUUCCACAAAAAGUUCAAAUAGAAGCUCAUGUCAUGUCCACUAAUUUAUUUAUGCACUGUUUGAGACAACACAAGGGAAUUUGUUGUCAAUACUUGUUUCUCGAUCAUGACACUUAUAUUUUGCGAGAAGAAAACACAAUGAAAUGGUUUCGAACGUUUUGGUUUCGAAAUUUUCACUUUCAUCGAAGACUUUUGAGAAGAAUGAUGACUCGAGAAGCUGAUGUUUGGUGUUAUUCAAAAGCAAGAAGACAUUUCAUGAUGCCAGGUGUCACUGCAGGCAAUAGUCGCAACAAUGAUGAUUUUGAUAUUGAAAAAGGAAAAAAGAAUUUGAUUCAUGGAAUUCGAUACUAUGUAUUGGCACAGCAAAUGAUUUCUUCAUUGACUCUCAAUGACUGGAGUGUGUGUAAUGAUUUGAAACAAAGAGUCUUUUCUCAACAACAUGAGAGUGUCAAUAAUAAUUCAAACCAUUCAUCAUCUUGGACGUACUGGACUCGUCUUUUCGAUCCUCUCUAUAAAGAGAAUAGAAAUGCAUUAGCUCAACAAGUUCAAGCUUUCAUUGAUGAAGGAUUGCAAUUGGCAUUGCAAGUGGAACGUCAGGAGAAUUCCCAAACGACAUUUUUGACGAACCAAUCAGUAGAAACACCUUCCUCAACCACAAAUAGAUCCUUACUUUUACAAAUCAUGGAACAAUAUGGACUGCAAUACUUGUCUCUAAAUCUUGGAAUGGAUGUCAUUCCCAUUUUGUUCGUACACAACGGCAAGGAAUUAAGCGUAGAAGAGGGUUUGACAUGUCAGCCUCUCAUCCAACAAUUACUUGAAGGUUUAACCAAGACAGAAAUGACACGUUAUUCGACGACUUGUUUGGAAAAUUAUCUCAAUAGAAUCCAUCACUUGUUACAACCUAAGGAAGAAGGGACAAAGAAUAAUUUUAGUGUCCUAUUCAAAAUUACUCAAAAUAAGGAACUAGAACGAAUGGAAGAGAGUAUGAAUUGUAAAGCAUUGAGAGAAUCAAAUGGAAUGAUUGUCGAGUGGAAUACUGUGAUGCAAAGAUUUUCAAUCGUUGCAUUUCCUUUUUUGAGAUUUUUCGAUGAAUUUCGAGUGUUGAAUGCCACAACCAAAAACAAGACAAUGACAGGCUCUUCCACUUCAACGGCUCGUAAGAAAGCAACAAGGAAUAAGGACACUAGCACGUCUAGCACGUCGAGUGGUAUAUUUUCCAACAUUUCACACAUUCGAAAGGUUUACAAAAAACUCACAGGCAAACUAGUAGUCUUGUAUUUUUACAACAACAAGUGGAGAAUAUCUUACAAGGAAGAGGAAGAAGAACGGUACUAUAAUGUGGUAUCUUGUCAUCAUGACCGUGCUGUGAAUGAACAUACAAGUUGGGAACACAAAAUUUGGAAAAUUUUACUCGCAAGCAACAAAACCAAGUCCAUGCUGGAGACAGAUAUUAACACACAACAUUUCAGUUACACCAAAAAGAAUUUCAUGUUGCAAUUAUUACCCGAUGAGGAAUCAGUAAUUCUCAUUGGAGUUCGAAAUGUGGAAACUCUCGAAGAAGAAGAAGACCUUUUCGCGUAUGAGCAUGUUUUUGACCACAUUCAUCAAGAGGAGGAUCUUACGGAGCUACAACAUCAAGCGCAUCAACUUGAACAAGAUCUUUUGUAUAAGAAUCCUAUUCAUGUGAAAAUGUCAGAAAAAGAUAAGAAUUUACUCCUUCUGCUGAAAUUACUCUAUUACAAGUCGAAUCAGUUGGAUCCUCUUCGUUUCAGUGGUUAUGUUUGUUUGGUGGACAGGGCAACGAUUCCAUUCAAUGAGAAUACUCCAAAUCAAACGCGUUAUGAAAAGCAUCGAUUUAAGAUUGAGUCGACAUUUUACUACAAUCUCAAUCAACUGAGCAUUUGGAACAUUUCUGUGAACAUUCAAGAGAAUACUGAUGCAUUUCAAAUAGAUCCUAAUCAACAAAUGAGUCACGAAGGAGAAUUUCAAUCCGUAUUGCCCAACGCAUCCACAAAAUCGUUUAAUCGAUGGAAUGGUAAUUUAUCAAGUCAGAAUAAUGAACUAUUACUCAUCGAAAUGGCAAUUUCAAUGCUUGGAAAAAGUGUACCGUCAUCCUUUAUUCCACCUGAACCAAUAGAUGACCUCGAUCAUGAAUUGAAAAUUUCUCAUUCUUCGAGGACGAGACCUCUCACCAUUGAAGAGCUAAUUUUCAAGAGAGAAACCUUCAAUGAAAAGAUUAAGGCCUUCUCCUCUCUCUAUUUUCAAGUGAAACAAGAUUGGGAAGGCAUCACUCUUCUUUACGAUCAAUUUUAUCAAGAACUUGGUCAUGAAAUGGAACAAAGAGCAUCUUCAUCAUCAAUCAACCAUGACUUGUUGAAUACUUCACAACACCAUACAUUUGAUUCAUCCUCAUUUCAGAACAAAUUUGUGGCUCAACAAUGUGAAAAAUUCCCUCUCGAAAACAAGACACCCAUUUUCAAAAUGGUAGAAGAGCAAUGCAGUCAUUCACGAGAGAUUUUCCAAUCACCUCGUCGCAUCAUUGAUUCCAAUAGUUUGGUCAAAAUUUGGAAGAAUUAUUUACAAACACGAGAAAGAUUCAAACUGGAAGAACCACUCAAGAAGAUGCAAUGA